AUGUCUCCCGCUGCUGCGCAGAUCGGUUCCAAGUUUUGGGAGGUGAUCUCCGACGAGCACGGCAUCGACCCCACUGGUGUCUACCACGGCGACUCCGACCUCCAGCUCGAGCGCAUCAACUGCUACUUCAAUGAGGCCACCGGCGGCCGCUACGUGCCCCGCGCCAUCCUCAUGGACCUCGAGCCCGGAACCAUGGACUCGGUGCGCGCGGGGCCCUUCGGGCAGCUGUUCAGGCCCGACAACUUCGUGUUCGGGCAGACCGGCGCGGGCAACAACUGGGCCAAGGGCCACUACACCGAGGGCGCGGAGCUGAUCGACUCGGUGCUUGACGUGGUACGAAAGGAGGCGGAGUCUUGCGACGCGCUCCAAGGCUUCCAGCUGACCCACUCCAUGGGAGGCGGUACCGGAGCGGGUAUGGGAACCCUGCUCAUCUCCAAGGUUCGCGAGGAGUACCCGGACAGGAUCAUGUCCACCUACUCGGUCAUCCCCUCCCCCAAGGUGUCCGACACCGUCGUCGAGCCCUACAACGCCACCCUCUCCGUGCACCAGCUGGUCGAGAACGCCGACCAGUGCUUCACCCUCGACAACGAGGCCCUCUACGACAUCUGCUUCCGCACCCUCAAGCUCACCACGCCCACCUACGGUGACCUGAACCACCUUGUGUCGGCCGCCAUCUGCGGCACCACGUGCUCCCUGCGAUUCCCUGGGCAGCUGAACUGCGACCUUCGCAAGCUCGCGGUCAACAUGGUGCCGUUCCCCCGGCUCCACUUCUUCAUGAUCGGGUUCGCGCCGCUGACCUCUCGCGGCUCCCAGCAGUACCGCGCGCUGACGGUGCCAGAGCUGACCCAGCAGUGCUUUGAUUCGAAGAACAUGAUGUGCGCCGCCGACCCCCGGCACGGCCGAUACCUGACUUGCGCCGUAAUGUUCCGUGGCCGUAUGUCUACCAAGGAGGUGGACGAGCAGAUGCUAAACGUGGUGAACAAGAACUCGUCCUACUUCGUGGAGUGGAUCCCCAACAACGUCAAGGCCUCCAUCUGCGACGUCCCCCCCAAGGGGCUCAAGAUGUCCACCACCUUUGUGGGCAACACCACCGCCAUCCAGGAGGUGUGGAAGCGCGUGGCCGAGCAGUUCACGGCCAUGUUCCGCAGAAAGGCCUUCCUCCACUGGUACACCGGCGAGGGCAUGGACGAGAUGGAGUUCACGGAGGCCGAGUCGAACAUGAACGACCUUGUGUCGGAGUACCAGCAGUACCAGGACGCCACUGCCGAGGAGGAAGGAGAGUUCGACGAGGACGAAGAGCUUGACGACCAGAUGAUGUAAAAAGAAGCACCUUCGUCUUCGUCAUCAUCAUAAGCGACAAGUAAAAGCAAGCAACGGAUACGAAAAAAAACAAAAAAGAAUAUGAAAAUUAGCUACCUUAAUUUACUGAUAUUGCUGUAGAAAUAUGUGGUGAGGAGUUUCGCAUCGGCGAGUCGGUUUUUUCACCGCCGUCGUUGUAUGAAAGAGCGUGGAUUUUUGGACGAAAUGAACGGAUUGCAUGAGAGGAUUCGGGCGGGAAGAGGGGGGGGUUAGUUCGUACCCUGUGAGUGUUGCGCCGCAAAAUCUAUUUAGUGACCUUGGUAGGUUGUAGUUCCACCAAGUCAAAGAAGGCCUUGCCAAGGCGCAUAUCUCAAGACCUUGUGCUCUUGGUUGACGGCGGGGAAAGGGCUGGAAGAAGGGUUGUCCUCGAAAUCAAUGUACAGUGCCCUUACUACAGUAGUGUGGGAUAGAUGGUCUUCCUGUUGACAUGGAGAACGUGAACUGCUUGUGCCUACUAGUGUGACUCAGGUGUGUCACGCCUGUGGGCAAUGAAGGUAUGUUGGUGUUCCAUCUCUGUAAAGCUGUUGUCGUUCCCGAUGUUGUAGAAUCUGUUUCGGGUGUUGUCUUAGAAUCGCUAUCGUUGACAGCAACCCAUAUAACAUCGCCUGACGGGCCCGAAACACAACUGGGGUGUACCCGGUUCGUGAUCUUGGCUCGAAUUGCGAGCGAUGCUGGCGCAUGUAGUGGAAGGAAAUGUUGUGUCUCGACUUCUUGCUUGAUUGCCACUUUGAACCAUAUUGUAGUGUAUCCGUGCUUCGCUUGGCUGCCUCUUGCAUCCCACGAGCCCCCUUGGUUUUAUGCCCCAGCGAACUACGUAAGAGAAGUGCGACUGGGGUAAGAGGGACAUGCUGGGAGUCCUUUUUGUUCCCGAGUGAUUAAGGGGGGGGAGGAUGUACACAUCGACCUAAUGCAAAAUCGAACCUUUGUGUUACAAGUUCCUGUCGUAAUUUAUGCACGUGCACAUGCUGCGGGUGUUGUUGAGAGGGCCGUGUGUUGCUCGAGCACGCUGCGCGAAUUUCGGGCCAUUAAGGACGGGAACCCGUUGUGACUCGUGAGUGCUGGCCUGGAUGAUUUUGACGCGCGCGAGAAUUGCAUCCAUGAGUCUACUGGUACACACCAUCGAUUUUGUCUUGUUUUGUUUAGGCGACAGGGAGAGAUGGAAAUCUGCCCGCAAAGUGGGGGCCCGUGUGUACCGUGUCAGGGAGAGACGGACGGCGAAGUUGUUCGGCAACAGGAAUGCCUCUCUCAUCUGUUUGGUGUUCCGCAGUCUUUUUCGUCAUGAAGCGAAGGAUAUCGAAAAGAUCAAGAUCCAGUCCAUACAACCUACGAAUUUUCGCGUCGUUACUGAUGCUACUUUUCCCGAGCUCAGGUCUUCUCUCACUCAGCGAAACGCGUCGAGUUUUUCUGUGUCGACUCAUUCUCGCAUUGCCCUCCCUUUGACGCGUCGGGUUUCAAAGGCCGACCUUGAUCUACGACGCACGCCUUCCGGAAACCUCAAGUUAGCAAGCCUC